GAAAUAUUUGCUGUACCCCAGUUAAGCUUUGUUUUAUAGAAUUACUAAUUUGAUAUUAGUUGUUCCAAUUUCAUGCUUGAUGCAAUGCAGCUCACUCUCAGUAUUUGCCUUGCACCCAUUGUACCUACGGGUAGAGGCCAUUUCAGCGAACAUUCCAGAGGAUAUCAAGCAAGAGAUCAGGGAGGCAAGAGUUCAGUUGGAUAAAAAGGAUGUAGAUUAUGAAGCUUGCAUGGCUACAAAACUUUCUAUUGCCAAGAAAAUUUUCGCUCGUGAGAAGGAGACAAUACUAAACUCAAAAUCAUUCCAGGAGUUCUUCUCUGAAAAUCAGGAAUGGUUGAAACCCUAUGCUGCUUUCUGUUUUCUGCGGAACUUCUUCGAAACAUCCGAGCGCAGUCAAUGGGGCCGGUUUUCUGAAUUUUCAAAAGAAAAGCUUGAGAAGCUACUCUCUAAAGAAAGCUUGCACUAUGAAGUUGUUAGUUUUUAUUACUAUAUCCAGUUCCAUUUGCAUCUACAAUUAUCAGAAGCUGCGGAAUAUGCACGAAAGAAAGGUGUAGUGCUGAAAGGUGACCUGCCCAUUGGUGUUGACAGGAAUAGUGUCGAUACCUGGGUCUACCCAAAUUUGUUUCGCAUGAACACCUCAACUGGGGCCCCCCCUGACUAUUUUGAUAAAAACGGCCAGAAUUGGGGAUUCCCCACUUAUAAUUGGGAAGAAAUGUCAAAAGAUAACUAUGGUUGGUGGCGUGCUCGUCUAACACAGAUGGGGAAGUACUUUACAGCUUAUAGGAUUGAUCACAUAUUGGGAUUCUUCAGAAUAUGGGAGCUCCCAGAACAUGCAAUGACUGGCCUUUGUGGAAAAUUUCGACCUUCUAUUCCUAUUAGUCAGGAAGAACUCGAGUCAGAAGGAUUAUGGGACUUCAACCGUCUUACCCAUCCUUAUAUUGGACAAGAUCUUUUACAGCGUGAAAUCGUCAAACAUAAAACAACACGCCUUCUCUCCAAGUAUUGAAAUUUCUCAAGAACGACGCCAUCACAGUUUUUUCCGAGAUCCAGGCUCGACUUAAACAACAGGAGGUGGCUCUUGACGCUGCUGAUCUUGAGAAAAGGGGAAUCAGAGAAUCAUGCUGUAUUUGCAAUGGAGAAGGCAUAGUCUUCAAAAUCAGAAAUCAAGAGGAUUUAGUUGAAGAUACCCUGGAUUAAUGUCAUUGAGAAGUGUAGACCUUUCACGAGCUAGUUGGAUGUCAGUUUCUUGGUAUCCGAUAUAUCACACUCCUAUGGGAAGAACUAUUAAAGACUUGUUAGCAUGCUUUCUCACAUUCGACACACUUUCUUCUUCUUUUCAAGAAUGGUAAACAAAAACGAAAGGAAGGAUAAAGUAUCCCCGUUGAGCCUUUUGGCUUGGGCACUUAUAAAAUGCAGGAAGAUGUGUGGAUUUCGAAAAGGAGGGGGAAGGACAAUGAGAGGCUAUCAACACUUGUUAGUGUGGCUGAUUCUUGGCUAAAGCAGUUGGGUGUCCAGCACCACGACUUUAACUAUUUCAUGGAUAUUCGUCGUGGCUGAUCAUCUCGAAUGAAUGAAUUCGCACUUUAUAAAACCCCACCAAUGGGGCGGAGUAAUACUGGAGUUCCUUUGAUUAAUAUAGGCUCUCUGAGGUGUUUCUUUUUUAUUGCUUUCGAUAGCAUGAACAACCUUAGAACUCCCUCCUAUAUAAAGGAAUUUAGUAUUUUAUGCAUUGUGCUUCGAAUCUUUGUGGUACAUGUUUCUUAUUGAUUCCUAGGUUGGGAAGUACGACACAAUAAUUGGAUUUAAAUACUAGAAAAGUAGGUUUUUAUAGACUGAGUUAGUAUUAGUAUUUGUGUCGAUAUGACUCUUCUCAAACAGUGGAGUGCAUGUAUAAAAAUUAUGGCUUCCUUUUUUUGGCAA